UUGAGUAAACAUGAGCCUUGCAAUGCUUACUUUCACAACAAUCCAAAACAAGUCAAAGGAGAAACCCUAGUUCAAUGCAUCCAAUACAUUGCUUUUAAAUUGCUCCAUCACUCGUACUUGCUUACGUAACCCUUAUUCAAUUCAACAAAGUCACAAGCACAGUGUGUUUGUUGCACAGUACACGUUCACACAAUAUUACUCAUACAUAUCUUCUUCACAAACUUCAACCAUAUCAAUCAGAACAAGUGUCUCAAAUCUUAAUCUACCAAACAAAACCAACCUUAUAAAUAUCACACACACCAUACUCUUUCAAAGUCUCAUAUCACAUUCCACACCUUUCUUUUUUCUUCUUUUCAUAACCCUUUUCUCCAUUUUCUCAUAUUAUUUGAGGCACAGUGAUGAUGAAGAGAGAAAGAGAAGUUGAUAGCGUAACCAUGGCCAACUACUUGAUGUUGCUUUCUGCAGGAGGGGAAUUUGAGAACAGAAACUACUUGAACUACUCUUCCGGCCACCGUGUGUUUGAGUGCAAGACGUGUAAGAGGCAGUUUCCGUCGUUUCAAGCCCUUGGAGGGCACCGUGCGAGUCACAAGAAACCUAGGUUGACGAUGGGAGAGAGUGAGCAUAGCCAUGUUCUUGAUGCUUCACCACCAAAGCCUAAGACUCAUGAGUGUUCAAUCUGUGGUUUGGAGUUUGCGAUAGGGCAAGCUUUGGGAGGACACAUGAGACGCCAUAGAACAUCAUCAUCAUCAUCAUCUUCAAAUGGAAACAUGAACAAUGCUACCACUGUUCAUAAAACUUCUUCAACAAAAAUGAAUAGCAGCAACGAGAGAGUUCUGUUUCCUGAUUUGAAUUUGACGCCAUUAGAGAAUGAUUUGGAGUUUUUGAAGAUCAGACAACCAGCUCCUUUGGUUCACUGCUUCAAUUGAAUAUGUUCUUGUAGUGUAGGACACUGGUUUUUUGUUCCCUUUUUUCAUUUAUUUUACUCUUAUGUAAAUUUUAUUUGUUCAGUUCUUGGUAUAUACAUACAUAUAUACUAUAUAUAUA